GGUUGCCUGGACCUGGACGGGAUUUGGCCGGGGAGCCGGUGGCGGUCAACGAUAAGACGAAAAUAUGUGCAUUAGAAAGGUAACCGAUUGCACGUUCCAGAGUCGCCAGUGAGCCACGAUGAUCAGCUGACCCGCAGCCGGUGAGAUGGCUGGCGGCUGUCAAUGUCGCGUGGUCGGCGUGUUCGCCGCCAGUCUGCUGGCGUUCUGCGUACUGUUGUUGCUAUACUGCGAGGUCUUCCACCACUAUGCGGUGCUGGCCCAGUGCGCGUGGCCGGCGCCGCUGUCCGCCGGCGAGCCGGGCCUGCGGCUCAUGCUGCUGGCCGACACGCACCUGCUCGGCUCGCGCCACGGCCACUGGUUCGACAAGCUGCGCCGCGAGUGGCAGAUGCACCGGUCCUACGUGUCGGCCGUCACGCUGCACCAGCCGCACGCGGUCGUCUUCCUCGGUGACCUGCACGACGAGGGCAAGUGGAGCGGCCCGGAGGAGUUCCAGGAGACGGUGCGCCGCUUCGACAGUCUCUUCCCCGUCUCCGAAGGACUCCGUCGGCUGGUGGUGGCUGGCAACCACGACAUUGGCUUUCACUACAGGUGA